CAUGUUUGACACUUCUGCGCGCUGGCCUGAGUGGUCUACGCUCUUCUGCAUGGUCAUUUCCAUCUGUUUACUCUCUGUCUUUACCUUAUUCACACGACGAUACACCAAAUAUCUAUACGUUAAUGCGACAGCAAGUUCCAGUCCCUAUCCACCCAUCGAGCCGCUGCCAGAUUUCAACUGGAAGACAAAAGAACCGAUCAAACUGCGCCCAUUCAAGCCAAAAUAUAACCUCACCAUGAGCAUCCAAGAAGGAACCGUCAGCGAGCUGAUCGAGAUAGACAAGAACUACCUCAACCGCAUCAACCUCCGCAAGAAGAUCAUAGCGGAAUACCCAGAUACAGUACUCGCAGCUGCAGACUGUGUCAAGCCAGCCCUGGACGAAUUCUACACUUGGCUGGUCGGGACGUACCUCCCAACGCGGUAUCCGAGCAUGUUCCAAUUACGUCCAGAGACUGAGAAGACGAAGCCGGCGUUCCUGGAAAACCUCGUCAACGGCGAGCGAGUCCCUGUCUCUCCAGGCCGUGAUAAACCCCUGGAUACCCUCCGGACAUUGGGAGGGCUGGUUGAGGACGACCUUCUCUUCCUGCUGCCGUCGGAUGAUGGAGACAGCUAUACACUGCAUGGACUGGUGACUUGCUUUCCGAACGGGUUCAACACGUCGCAGAAGCUGAAUCUCAAGCUGAGGGAUAUCCAUAAGCCUGUGCCGGAGUACAAGGAGAAGCUUGAGAAGAGCAUGGAUAGAUAUUUUUUGCGACUUCCUGUUGGGAAGUUUAUUAUGCGGGCGAAUUGGACAAUAACAACUACAGGCGAGCUCUUCACGCCCAGCGGAAACCAUCUGUAUGAAGGCGAGGAGAUUCCCCAGGAAACAGUCAAUCCGGAUAUUGCCAGAGUGCGAGUGGAGAGACAGUAUCUGCAUCGACUACCCCAGAGUCAAGCACUGGUAUUCUCUUUCAAGACGCUGCAGUACAGCCUGGACGAGAUCAAAGACGAAGGACUGGGAGAGACGCUGGCAGAGGCGAUUGACGGGCUGCGACAGGGCAACGCACCGGGAUUCCACUUCUACAAACGGGCAGCAGUCUGGGGCGAGUCUGCAAAGGCUUAUCUGACCAAUCAUAUAUAG